UCCCCUGUCUGUGCCUCAGGUUCCUUGUCUGUGAAAUGGAUAAUUGUUACUUCAGAGGGUUGUGGAAGAGUAAAGGAGUGAAAAGUGCUUACAAGAGUAUCUGGCAUGUAGUACCCGUCAAUAAGCCUUGGCCAAUGUUGGUACUCCUUCCCAGGAUCCCCUUGCAGGGCUGAGUACUCUUAACCUGCCCGUCUACUUGACCCUGCAGGAGAAGAUGGGGAGCCCUGAGGACGACCUCAUUGGGAUUCCAUUCCCGGACCACAGCAGUGAGCUCCUGAGCUGCCUCAACGAGCAGCGCCAGCUGGGCCACCUAUGCGAUCUCACCAUCCGGACGCAGGGGCUUGAAUACCGUACCCACCGGGCCGUGCUGGCCGCCUGCAGCCACUACUUCAAGAAGCUCUUCACUGAGGGCGGUGGCGCGGUCAUGGGGGCCGGGGGCGGUGGGACAGCCGUUGGGGGAGCAGGGGCUGGUGUGUGUGAGCUGGACUUUGUGGGGCCAGAAGCUCUGGGUGCCCUGCUCGAGUUUGCCUAUACAGCCACACUGACCACCAGCAGCGCCAACAUGCCGGCUGUGCUCCAGGCCGCCCAGCUGCUGGAGAUCCCCUGUGUCAUCGCCGCCUGCAUGGAGAUUUUGCAGGGCAGCGGACUAGAAGCCCCUAGCCCUGACGAGGAUGACUGUGAGCGAGCCCGCCAGUACUUGGAGGCCUUUGCCACUGCCACAGCCUCAGGAGUCCCCAAUGGUGAAGACAGCCCUCCACAGGUGCCUCUGCCACCACCACCACCACCACCACCUCGGCCUGUUGCUCGCCGUAGCCGCAAGCCCCGAAAAGCUUUCCUGCAGACCAAGGGCGCCCGGGCAAACCACCUAGUACCUGAGGUGCCCGCAGUUCCCACCCAUCCUUUGACCUACGAGGAGGAGGAGGUGGUAGGCAGAGUGGGCAGCAGUGGGGGCAGUGGGCUGGGAGACAGUUACAGUCCUCCCAUGGGGACUGCCUCACCCCCUGAGGGGCCCGUGAGCUAUGAGCCCUAUGAAGGUGAGGAAGAAGAGGAGGAUCUGGCAUACCCCCAGGCCUACAGGCUGGCACAGGUCGGUGGGCCCCCGCUGUCCCCAGAGGAGCUGGGCUCAGAUGAGGAUGCCAUCGAUCCUGACCUAAUGGCCUACCUAAGUUCCCUGCACCAGGAUGCCCUGGCACCAGGCCUAGACGGCCAAGACAAACUGGUGCGCAAACGCCGCUCCCAGAUGCCCCAGGAGUGCCCCGUCUGCCACAAAAUCAUCCAUGGGGCAGGCAAACUGCCACGCCACAUGAGGACCCAUACGGGAGAGAAGCCCUUUGCCUGUGAGGUCUGCGGUGUCCGCUUUACCCGGAAUGACAAGCUGAAGAUCCACAUGCGGAAGCACACUGGAGAGCGCCCCUACUCAUGCCCGCACUGCCCAGCCCGCUUCCUGCACAGCUACGACCUCAAGAACCACAUGCACCUGCACACAGGGGACCGGCCCUAUGAGUGCCACCUGUGCCACAAGGCUUUCGCCAAGGAGGACCACCUGCAGCGCCACCUCAAGGGCCAGAACUGCCUGGAGGUGCGCACCCGACGGCGCCGCAAGGACGAUGCACCACCCCACUACCCACCACCCUCUGCCACCACCCCGUCCCCCGCUGGCCUCGACCUCUCCAAUGGCCACUUGGACACCUUCCGCCUCUCUCUGGCUCGAUUCUGGGAGCAGUCAGCCCCCACUGGGCCCCCAGUCUCCACUCCGGGGCCCCCUGAUGACGAUGAGGAGGAGGGGGCACCCACCACUCCUCAGGCCGAAGGUGCCAUGGAGUCCUCUUAAAGAGGGAUGAGUGGCCAGGCUGGAGCAGCACAAAGCGGGGCCACCCAUGCCAAGCAGUGGGAGCCUGCGGGACAGACAGAGCUGGGGUCAGAGCGCUGAGCCUCCCUGGCUUCAGAAAUCAGCCCCUUCUCCCCAGAGCCCUCAUUCCAGUUCCAAGCUGAGAAGGUUUGGGGGCAAAGGCUCCCCAGAUUGGGGUGAUCUCCCAAGGAGUGAUCCAUAUGAUAUUAUGUAUAUAUUUACAGCUCUAUUGUAAAGGUGGGGUCCCUGUCCCCAGCUGUGCCUGGGGAGUAGAAGCAAUAAUGUAUUUCUGAUUUGUGGGGUCCC